AUGAGUAAAGGCAUUUUUAGCUAUGAAAACAUUUUUAAAAGCCCAGACAUAAAUAAAAUCCAAGAAAAAAUAGAAAAAUCUCAAAAUGAAGCAGAUAAUAAAGAGACAGAAAAUGUGGUAAAUGCGGAAAAUUUGGAAAAUUUAGAAAACGAUCCAAAACCUACAAACAAUAUUAAUAACGAAGUGUCUGAAGAAAAUGAAAAUAAAAUACAAAUGAAUGAUAAUUCAAAACAAAAAAUAAAAAAAGAUAUAUUUACCCUUUUUAAUGAUAAAAAUGAUAUAAAUAAUAAAGAAGACGAUCCAUUUAACUUUUACAAUUCCAAUGAUGAUACAAAUAUUAAUCAGUAUUCUCCGACCUAUAAUGUGGAUCCACCAAAGGAGGAAGCAGCUAAUGAAAAAGAUGCUACCUUUACGAAGGAACAUAAAGAUGCAGCAUUUUUUACUGAAAAUAAUGAUGCCCCAAUUUUUACUGAAAAUAAUGAUGCCCCAAUUUUUACUGAAAAUAACGACGGUGAACCUGCUAAAAGUUGUCAACCUCCUUUUAGUGAAAACGAGCCAAAUUUAGUAAGCCCUCCAAACGAUGCAGCAAAAGAUACUGACCAAGUAGAUACUAAAGAAGAAGCGGCUCAAGAUGCAUCUACUAUUAAAAAUGUAGUGUGCCCUGAAAAUAAUUUAGAUAACUUACAAUUAGAUGUGAAAAAACAAAAUGAGGAGCAAGAAGAAGGAAAUGGGGUUGACAAAUUCAUGUGUUUCUGCUUCGGAAGGAGUGGGACAUUUUUUUAUACAAAAGGGAAUUCCAUAGUAUAUGCCCUACUCAUAAGUGUAAUAGAUAAGGGAAUAGAAAAGGAUAAGAAGCAAGAGGGGGUUGCAAAAAAAUGUGAUGGAUCCGAAAUUAAUGCAUAUGUAUACGCAUUGAAGUCCUUUCCAGGUCCAUUUUCUCGAAGGAAUAUCAAAAUCGAUGAAAAAAUAAAGAAAACUUUAAACGGAUUUAUAGAGAUAAAUAAAGAAAAAUAUAAAGAUAAUAUUUUUGAAAGUACACAAAAAAAUAGUAUAUACAAUCAUCUGUUAAAUAUAAUUGAAAAUGAUGAUUUGCUAGCAUUUAAUUUGAAACAAUUAGAUGUAAAUACAAAUUAUGAAUUUAAUAAAAAUGAAAAAAAAAAAAAAGAACAAAAUAGUAUUGUAAUGAAGUUUUUACAAAAUUAUCAAAAUAAUUCGAAUAAUAAAAAUAAUACAAAAGUGGAAUAUUCUGAAUGGGAAGAAGAUGAUGAUUCUUCUGAUUGUUCAGAAACAAAAUCAAAUGAAAAAAAUAGUAAAGAGAUGAGUGAAUUUAAAAUAUCAAGUAGAGACUACACUUAUAAAACUAAAGAAAAAAAUAAAUUAGAAAAUGGCAGUAACUCUAUAGGUGUAGCAAACGAUUUUAACAAUCUGUCCAAAGAUAAUGAAGAGAGUUUUUUUCAAAAGAUUUAUGGACAUGAUUUAAAAUAUGGAUUAAUAGACAAUAAAAAAUAUUACUUCUCUGAUUUAAUAAAUAAAAAAUUUAUUUAUGAUUUAUAUAGAUUACAAAAUAAUGAACGGAUAACAACAGAAGAUAUAUAUUUAGAAUAUUUUAAUUUAUGUAUAUAUAAUAGUAAGAAAGCAACAAAUUUAUGUUUGAAAAAGGAUUUAUAUAAAUAUUUUUUUUUGAUUUUAAAAAAAUAUAAUAAAAAAAAAUAUAAUAAAAUGUUAGAUAAAUAUAUAAAACAUAUAAGUAUAUCAUUCAAUAAUGAAUUAGAUGUAAAAAGUUGUAUGCAAAAUAUUUACAAAAUAUAUAAUUAUAAUAUAUAUGAUGAUGUUUUAGUUGAAUCAUUUAUUUUCUUUAUUUGUAUUUUAAAUAAAAAAUAUAUCUUUUUUAAAAAUAAAAAUAUUAUUACUAACCAUUGGUAUGUUUUUUACACAUUAAUACUUCACAAUUUUAUAUUUCAGUUUUCAGAAAAUGAAAUAGAUUAUUCAUAUUAUAAAGAUGGAAUUAUAAAUUUCUUUCAUUAUUUAAUUGAUUUAUUAAUAUAUAAUAAUAAACAUAUUGAAUCACAAUUUCUUUAUUUAAUUCUUUCGGGAAGUCCUUGUAUUUAUCAAAUUAAAACUUCAUCUAUUCCAGAGCCUGAAGAAAUUCAAUCCAAUAACUUAUCUACAAAUUCAUAUAAAGAUGUUGUUGAUGUUUCAAAGAAUUACACUCACAAUGUUCAAAAUGAAUCUACUUAUGAAUACAAAAUAGAAUCACCAAUCCGACAUCUACCAAAAAUUUCAUUUGAUAUAUUUACUUUUCAAAUAUGUGAUAUUUAUGAAUACUUAUACAGAUAUAAUGAAGAAAGUUUUUUUUAUGACAAUUUAAUUAUUUAUAAAAUAUAUUAUGCAUCUAUAUUAUUGGAAUUUGGGUUACUAGAACAAGCCAAACAAUACAUAAAUAUUUUAUAUUAUUACAUAGAUGUAAUAAAAAGUAAUAAAAAAAAUGAAAACAUUAAUUAUAUAUUAUAUUUAUAUGAAAUAUUAGUAAGUCAAUUAAAUUAUAUUUCACCACAUAGAUUACCUACUAACCAAAAUCCACAAAAUGAAGAAUACCUAAAUUUAUAUACAACACAAAAUAGUUACGAUAUAUAUAAUUAUAAAACAGUUUCAAUAAAUAAUAAUAUAAAAAGUUCUACACCAUUAGAAAAAGAAGAAUUUCCCAUAAAGCAAUAUACCAGCACUACACAUGUUGAACAUGCUGAGAAAAAUAUCAAUGACUAUACUUCUAAAGAUAAAAAUUCUUUUCAAAACUCAAAAAAUAUACCCUAUAUUGUUGAAAACCAACCUAACCAAUCGAAGAACAUCCAAAAUGGCCCUUUCCAAAAUCAUGAGCAUUCGGGAACAAAUAAUGAAGUAACAAAUUAUUAUGAAAUAAAUAAUAAAGAUGAUAUAUAUAUGGAAUCAGAAAAAGAUAUAGAUAAACAUAAUAUACAAAAUUAUAAAAAUAAUUACGAUAAUUAUAAUGUUAAUUAUUCAUUAAAAAAACAAACAACUAAUAAUAAAAAUUCUAUAGAUAGUUCAUUAAAUACAGAUACCGGGUAUUAUAAUUUACAUACAAAUGAGCCUGUAAAAAAUUAUAUGGAAUAUCAAAAUGUUGAAACAGUUCAAAGUCAAACCAUAAAUACCCAAGGUUAUAAUUAUAAUUAUAACUACAAUUAUAGUUACAAUACUAAAUAUGAGUAUAGUGAAAAUUACAUGUUUAAUCAGGCAAGUGGAAAUCAUAACAUGUUUUCAAACACUAAUGCAACAAUGGGUACUCAAGAAAAUGGAAUAAAUAACAUGCCAAAUCAUUCAUAUAAUAUUCAAGGUAAUGCAUUACCACCUACUACUUAUGGAGAAUAUAAUAAUAUGAUGCAAUACAAUUAUUAUCAAACUAAUGCAAACAAUAAUAUGCCACCUAACUAUAAUACAACCCAGAUGCAUGGGUUCUAUAAUUAUAAUAAUACUUCCUCCACAAACCCACAAAAUGCUAACAACUACUAUGGCAAUAAUAAUUAUUAUUAUAACGAGGGUCAGCAAAAAAUGCAAAUAAAUAAUAACACCACACAAGUACAUACAAAUCAAAACGUAAAUAAAAUGAAUGAACAAAAUAAAAAUAAUUAUACAACAUCUAGUACAUCAAAUAAUGUAACAAACAAUGUAGCAAGCAAUGUAGCAGAUAAUGAUGAUUCAAAUCAGAAUAAUGUUGAUUUAAUAAAUAUGGGUAAAAGUUUUAUAUCUGGUUUUUUUUCAAAUAUUAAAGAAAAAAUAAAAAUAGUUGAUACAAUAAAAGAGGAAGAAGAGAAAGAAGAAGAAAAUAUAUUUUAUUAUGAUUAUGAAAAAAAAAGAUGGAGAGAAAAAGGUGUUACAUCUGAUGAAGAAAAAGAACGUGAAGAACAAAAAAAAAAAAAACAAAUGGAAAUGUCAAAAAUUGCUCCUCCUCUUGCAUCAGACACAUAUAAUAAUACAAACCCUAAAAAACCUUUAGACAUGAAAGAUGUGAGAAGUAGAUAUGUAGAUUACUUUAAUUAA